AUGCAUCAUCUGUUAUAUUAUAUUAAUGAGUGUACUAACGGCAAUGUUACAAUUGGUAUUCCACUAAUAAAUGGCAGUGGAAGUGAAUUAGACUUAAUUGUACCAACUGAUGACUGGUGUGAGCAGUUAUGUAUUAACAGACCAGGAACUUACUUGUGUGGCUGUCAUGAUGGAUAUUUGAUAGAUACAGACAAUCAAACAUGUACAGAUAUUAAUGAGUGCCUUAAUGAUAAUGGUGGCUGCAGUCAUACUUGUACCAACACUCUGGGAUCAUAUAACUGCUCCUGCUAUGAUGGAUAUCUAUUAUUAGAGGAUCACUCCACCUGCAUAGAUCAUUGUGAAUGUUGUACUGGUGAUGAUGAUUGCCAGCACACAUGUCAUAAUACAAUUGGAAGCUAUUAUUGUACAUGCUUGUCAGGAUAUAGAGUUUCUGCAACUAAUUCAAGUGCAUGCGAAGAUAUUGAUGAAUGCAUGGAAAGUAGUUCAAAUUGUAGUCAGAUAUGUAUAAAUGAGCCAGGGAGCUACAACUGUUCAUGUUUAAAUGGAUACAUUCUACUUUAUGAUGAUUAUACAUGUGAAGAUAUUGAUGAAUGUGAGGAUGACAAUGGAGGAUGUGAAGUGUACUGUACCAAUACUAAUGGUUCAUAUUACUGUGGCUGUGAUAAAGGUUACUAUGUUAGCUAUAACUACUCAUGUAAAGGUAAUGAUACAUGGUUUUUGAUAAUAAAUUUGACUCGGCAGUCGGCAUCAACUUGGUUCAAAUAA